AUGGAUCCUUUCGUUAUACAAAAAGUAUAUUGCUCAAUUUUAUGUUCAUUGACAACUCUGAAACUUGAAGAACCAUUGAAAGUGAGCAUGGCACCGCAAACUGGUCAAUUCUGUGUAAGAACUGAUUUAGUUACUCGUUCAUUUUACAUUGGAGAAAUGAUACAUUUCAAUGUAUGGGUAACAAACACAGGAUCAGUGAGUAUUUCCAAUGUUACAGUUACUUACAAUGGAGAAACAGCAAAUGCAAAAGUUCCUUUGAAGCCAGGAAGAAUGGAAUGCAUCAAAUGCGUUUUGGAAGCAGAAGAAUCAAUGGAAACAAUCGAAAUCAUAACAAGUUGUUCCAUUGCUGAUAAUGGAUAUGAAGCCUUCAAAACAAUAAGAGUUCCUAUUAAAGUUGCUCCUUGUGUUUUAGCUGUUUCUUUGCUUCCUGUUCAGAUUUCUGUUGAAGCAGGAACGGAUAUCACGAAAAUCAUUUUCUUGGCAAUGUCGAUAAUUAAUAAAUCAAGAAAAGUAAUGAACGCUGAUUUAUCAUUUGACGACAAUGCUGAUUUAGUUGAUAAUCCGAUUUUCUUGUCUGCGAAACCACAAACACAUGUUAUAACUCCUGGAACAACAAUUACAUGUUUGUUGCCAGUUUCAAGACAGAAAUUACGUGAUUUAAAGAAAAUUGCAACACCAGCAGAAAUUGUUGCAACAAACGCGUAUUAUGAAGAACUUUAUGGAAGAAGAUUGACUUCACAGGAAAGAAAAGAAGUCACAAGAUUGGCAGACAUUGUUUGUUACAUCAAAGACCAUACACAUACACAAUGGACAACAAUUGAUGGAAGAACAGGUCAUGUCGUUCUUAAAUUCAUGCCUGAUCAGGAAAUAUUGAAUGAGUUGGAUGAAAUAAGAACUACUCCAACUUAUUCAUUCAUCGCUGAUGGCGAAGAAUGUAAAAUGAUUGAGAAAGAUAAACCUCUUAAUCUCAGAAUCGAUUUCGGAAACAUGAAAGUUAUGAAAUGCACAUUAGACAUUGAUAAUUUCGUCGAUGUCAAGUAUGGAAUCCUUUGGGAUGGAGAAUUGACGAAAUACCUCGAUUCAUCAAUUUAUGAUUUCAAACUCUGCUUCACUAAAGUUGGCGACUUCAAAUUUACAGUUAAAUACAAAUCAGAAGGAAGAGUCAAUGGUGAACUUAUAAUUUUUGCGCAUGUUAUUAUUCCAGAAUAA